AACCACCUUGUUCUUCUUCAUAUAGUAACGCAAACGCAUUUGGCAAAUAACCUUAAAGUACUCUCGUACUGACUCUCUCUCUCUCUCUCUCUCACUCAUUGUCAUAUCUUUGCUAGGUCCAUCAAAGAAGCAGUGAGCUUCCAAAUAAAAUGAACCCAUAAUCAUAAUCAUCAUCAUCACCACGCCUCUUCCUUCUUUCUCUUUCAUUUUCUCCCCACCUUUCACAAUGUCAUCGAUAAACCACUAUUCACCGGAAACAACACUAUACUGGACCAACGACCAACAGCAACAAGCCGCCAUGUGGCUGAGUAAUUCCCACACCCCGCGUUUCAAUCUGAACGACGAGGAGGAGGAGGAGGAAGACGACGUUAUCGUUUCGGACAAGGCUACUAAUAACUUGACGCAAGAGGAGGAGAAGGUAGCCAUGUUCGAGAAGCCGUUGACGCCGAGCGACGUCGGGAAGCUGAACCGGCUCGUGAUUCCGAAACAGCACGCGGAGAAGCACUUCCCUCUCGACUCGUCGGCGGCGAAGGGGCUGUUGCUGAGUUUCGAGGACGAGUCCGGGAAGUGUUGGCGCUUCCGUUACUCUUAUUGGAACAGUAGCCAGAGUUACGUUUUGACCAAAGGAUGGAGCCGUUACGUCAAAGACAAACGCCUCCACGCUGGCGACGUCGUUUUGUUCCACAGACACCGCUCCCUCCCUCAACGCUUCUUCAUCUCCUGCAGCCGCCGCCAACCCAACCCGGUCCCCGCUCACGUUAGCACCACCAGAUCCUCCGCUUCCUUCUACUCUGCGCACCCACCUUAUCCUGCGCACCACUUCCCCUUCCCAUACCAACCUCACUCUCUUCAUGCACCAGGUGGAGGGUCCCAAGGACAGAACGAAACGACACCGGGAGGGAACAGUAGUUCAAGUGGCAGUGGCAGGGUGCUGAGGCUCUUUGGUGUGAACAUGGAAUGCCAACCUGAUAAUCAUAAUGAUUCCCAGAACUCCACACCAGAAUGCUCCUACACCCACUUAUACCACCAUCAAACCUCUUCUUAUUCUUCUUCUUCAAACCCUCACCAUCACAUGGUACCUCAACAACCAUAAUAGAAUUAGAAUCUAUUAGAUAUAUAUGCCCCUCCCUCUUUAUUAGAUUCUCCCCUUUCUUUUUCCUUUUCCAGCUUCAGGGUUAAGUAUGCCCUUGAAUUAAUUUUAGUCAAUGACCGUGUCGUUAACAUGAACCCAUGAAAGUAACCCUUCUUUAUUAUAAGUAUAUUUAGGUUUACGUUGAAGAUUAUAGAGGAUCUUUCUUGUCUUGAAUUAGGGUGAUGCAUACAAAUGGGAAUGCCUUGUUUAUUCGUUUUAUCGGAUCUUCUUGUUCCCUGUCACUCGAGCAUAUUAAUUAUCGACUAAGCUGUGAAUGUCAGAUCAUGGGACCUUUUUUUUAUCAA